ACAUUGUAAUUUGGAACCAUGAGUCGAUGAUAAGAAGGAAAUCUGAGUCGUCAUCUAUCCAAGCUUCUAUGUAGAAUUAAGAUGUUUGACCUGGAUAAAUUUAAAUUGCAAUGAGAUAGUAUACUUAGAAGUUGGAUCAAAAGUUCUCAACAGAGUUUCUAUUUCCGAAGCCAAUGAUUGAGCUACAAGAAGAACCAUGUGGAAAAUUGAGACCUCCUCUUGAUGGGGAGGAUGGAGAGAAAGCGGAAGGGUUACCUCCUCCGGAAGUCCGUCUCUUUUGACAUCCCCCAGCAGAAGAAGAAUCCCAAGAUCACGUGCACCUGCGAUAAUAAUUCCUUUCCAUCUUCUCGAACCUAUGAUCUCCAGACGCAGACGAUAACCUUUGGUGAAGAGACGAAGCAGCACAAGAAAUAUUCUUCCACCUCCAUCCUUAAAAAGUUGUCCUCCUCGCCUCCCUCCGCGCAUCAAAAACCAUUCGAUAUGGACGCUGAGCUCGAAUUCUAUCCAGUGGAUGACCAUCCCUCUCCGUCCACUUUCACAGCGUGGGAUGCUUUUCUGUCCGGUAACCAAGCCUUUUUCCGUGAGCCUCCAUCAGACUUCUCCUACAUGGAUGUGAUCCCUGAAGAGGAGGACGACAUGGAGGCCUUGCUGGAGUCGGACACCGACGACACUGGAAGCUCCGUGUCAACCGUGGUGGAUAGGUUCUCGCGCACCAGCACAGCCAACUCUAGUUUCUCUGAAAGGGGUCCAAGAACGGAUGCUGCCCCAUUCGAUUUGCAAAAAGUGCUCUCUCCUUUUGAAAGGUUAGAGAAAGAAUUAGAUGCCCAGAAAGAAGAUGGUCUUCCGCCACGUAAGAAUGAAAUGCAGAGAGGUCCGAUCGUGGUCAUCACCAACAGUAGCAGCUGCGAGGAUGUUCACAGUGAGCCGGACGACACUACGGACAAGUCCACUGACCCUAUGAUACAAAAUCAAGAUUCAUUUAAUCCUCAUCUACAUCAACAAAUUAAUCAAGGGGACAAGAAUAUCGAGGAUGCAUUUGCACCUGAAAACACUGUGUCCACAGAAAAGGAAAACUGCACAAAUUCAGUGAAAUCGACCAAUUUAAAUGCCUCGUCUUCUGUGCCAACGAAGACCAAAAUAGUAAAUGGGUUCAAGGGAAAUGAGAAGACACCUGCGAAGAAGUCAAAAUUGGACAAAACAAUACCUCUGUUGCCUCCACCAACCACACCUAAGAGAUCUUACCAAACACCUAAUAUCCCCCCUAGAAUGAGUUUGCACACUCCUGCCCGUAGAACGAGAAGUGAUCCAGGAAGUCCUGACCAACCUUCGCGGAUACCAAGACCUAUAUCUUCUGCUAAUCGAUCGAAUAUACCUAUUCCAAAUGGUAAAGGAGGACCAAAAGCUCUCAGAAAUCCAAAAAUAAAUACCUCAAAGAAAUUGAUGAACGUUGAAAAUUCCAAAACUAAUUCGUCGAUUAGCCAGCUGGAAGCCAACAUUGAUGAAGCCAUAAUUCCUCAGAAGUCUGUCGACGUCCUAAAAGAGGUUGACUUAACCAUGAAUGAAACAGAAAUUUUGGACAGUAAAGUUGAGUCUCUUGCAGUUGAUGAGCAAAAUACUGAUUUUGUAGAUUUCGUGAAUAAUAUGGAAACGAAGCAGGAAACGAAUGGUACUGAUACUUGGUUCAAUGAAUUAGAUGAAAAUGAACAGGACAUGGCCUCAAGUUUAUCCAAUGGAUCGAAAGAAAUAAUAGUAACUGAUUGCAUUACAAAUCCUUUCAGCCAGGACGAUAAGAACCCAUUCAGGAUUAAUGGAGACAGUACAAAUCCUUUUAUCAAGAGUAGCAAUCCCUUUGAAGAAGAUAGAUCCGAAAGUAUUCCUGUCUUACAGCCCAAAGCUCAAAUAUCCGCUGCUGUGAAAGCCCCACCCAUUCCAGAAAGGCCAUCUUUGAUUGCUGCCCAAAAGCGAGAAAAAAGUAUUGAAAAACCUAUCUUACCAGAAACUGUCUUGACGGUGUCUGUGGCCGGUCAAAUACAGAAUGAUGAUGCUCCUGUAAAUCCUCAGAUCCCAAUUCCAAACGGCAACGAAAGCGAAGAGGAAACUCCAGUAGCUAAAAUUCCUUCAGAAGUUGCAUCGACUCCUGAUAUAGAAAUUAAAACAAAUAGUAAUCCAAGUCAGCCCGUUGAGUUUUGGCCUUCAGCAAAUAGUCUUGGUGAUGAAGAAGAAAAAUGCAAGGCAGCCGAAGACAAGCCUCAAGAGCCCAUAAGCACUAUAAAAGCUGAUGUCGAUGCAUUGUUUGAUAAGAUUGAUGAAAAAUCGAAUGAAUCAUCAAUCGAUCAGCAGCAGCAACGUCCUAUUGAAGAUAUUCUGCAAGCCUUGGACCAAUUGGUUUCAGCACCUCGAGAAGUAGAAAUCAACAUUGAUUGGGAAGCCCGAGGCUCUAUCAACAUACGAGAGAAGACGGUCCUCCCCUCCAAUGCUUCUGACAUCGGAAGUAUCCUUAGCGAGACGGACGGAUUGACAGAAGACAGGAAGCGUAGUAUAGAGACCCUCUUAAAGGAAGUGGACGAAUGUCUCCGAGUUCGUGAAGUAGGCGAAGACACAGCACUCGAACUUGAAGAAACCCUGCCACCUGUCGACGAGAGGACAUCGCUGGGCCCCGGGACACCCGAUGUCCCGACAGCAGGCUCAACUGCACCAACCCUCCACAGUCAUGAGGAAACUGGACCAGUCAUUGAUAUAUCAACACAGCAUUCUUCAUCUGAGAUGCUGAGGUCCCAAAACCAUCCAGUUGUUUCGGACGCACAGCGCGUCGACUACACGUCUGCCUUCCAAGAUACUACAGAUCAUUUUCAACAAGACUCCAAACACCAUUCUCCUGGCUGUGACGAUUCUGGCGUGUUCUUAGAAGAUUCUGUCGCCUCUUCUCCUGAAACACAAUCCAAAUCGGCCAUUUCGCGGCUACAGAACAUAACUUUGCAGAAAUUCACUUCAGAAGAACCUCCGCAAAUGAGGCAGUAUUCAGCUCCCGAGGGUAUAGACUCGGAUGCCGAGAGAAGCGAUGAUUUAGGUCUGGCUUCGUCGUCAAUCGAUUCUGCUGACGAUCUAGAUGGCGACCCUCUACCAUCUACUCUUCAGAUUUGUCCUCCCGUUAUUCCUCCCCGCCAGAAACCACCCCCGGUUCCUGCGCGAAAAUCCCUUCCCAGAUCGGGUGAUAACCAAAAACAAAGUAAGAUGUCCAUUGGCGAAAUGACGAGCCUUGAAGUUCCUAAUUAUCGAAAGCCACCUCUUAGUAAAAGUUCGAGCUCUGGUGAAGAUUCCAAUUUCGGUGAAGGCGACGCUUACACGAAUGAAGAUCAGAUCACAAAUCGUCGCUUCGAUGAAAAUUCGAGAAAUCUGCUAAAUGAGCAAAAAAAUGAACAAUCCAAAAACAACUUCCUUAUAUCUAAGUCUUUCCAUGAGGAAACGUUGCUCAAUAUGCAGCGAGAAAACAACAGCAGUCAAGAAUCGAAAGCAAAUUUCUUAGCUCGCACUUUAAGCUCUUCUUCACCAACAAAAAAGUUCGAUGCUCCUCAUAUUACGAAUGGCAAUCUAACUACAAGAAUCAAUGACAGUGCAUCUACCCUGAAGUGGAAGAGCGAGGAAUGUCUGAGAACUGCGGCAGAAACGAAAUGGUCUAUUCCAGGCCGACGUUUCGAGAAGUCUGUCAGUGUGAAAGACCGAAUUGCUAUGUUUUCUGAAAUGGAAGCCAAUCAAACUUCUGCGAAGAAGGAUUUGCAGCGGUAUGGAAGUGAAACUAAUAUAAAAGUGGCUUCAAACACUUCCGAUAGUAAAAAGUCAGAAAUGUCUAUUACUGAUGACAGAAAAAGUAGCACUCUUUCUCGGGACGCAAAAUGGCAAAGUCUACAUAAUAUUUCCAAAAAGUCCGUCGAAAAGGAACCCAUUAACACUAAUUCCAAUAUGAAAUCUGCUUUUAGCAUUCCCUCACUUGCACCAAACUCUCCGGUAGAUAAUCUUUCAAAUAGCGUGUAUGCUCCUUUGCCUAUUAAAUUAGAAGUUGAACCUCCUAAACCUAUAGUUUCUACCUAUCCUGAAACCCAACUCACCAAUAAUAAAAGAUAUAACUACGGUUUAUACAGCUUGAAAAAUUUAAAGAAUACCGAGGAUCUACUGAGCAAGAAAGCAGCUGGGUCCAGUCUCUUAUCUAUCAUCGACAGCCGGAAGCAGCCCUUAAACAAAUUGAAAGGUCUUGUCAUUCCUGAAAAACCGUUGCAAUCCGAAGGAAGCAAGACUUUACCAACGAUAUUCGGCAGUGAUAAUGAAGGUGCCAAAGAUUCCAGAAGAGCUUCUUUACCAAUUACUGUGGUAACAACGUGCAAGACCAUGUCAUUACCCAGAAAUAACAAGCCCGAGUAUCCUUUGAUACAAAAACAAGUAUCCUUAUCUGAUCCUCCAUGGAAAACCGAGCGGAAUAACACCAGCAUUAGUAACACCUUGCCAAUGUACUCUCCAGCUUUCAAAAAGAGAACUCUAGAGCUUCCAGGUUCGUCUCUGUCUCCAACACCUCCAUCCUCCAUCACCAGUCCUUUGUCACCGCCUCCAUCAUCACCUUCCAGCAUUUGCAGUUCGAACGCCAGCUCGACUCUGCAGCAGAAUAUAUUUCAAUUUUCAUUAUCUCACAGCAAGCCUGUGCAGCCACUGCAACCGGAAAAAGCACUGAUGUCGCCCCCUUCUUUACCAUCUGAUAUGGAAUAUGAAGGAGACAACUCGGAGGAUUCUUCUCACUCGGCCUCGCCAAUGAGAAAUAUGCCUCGUGUGCCUAAGGAGCCAAAAACUGCCCCUCCACCUCAGAACCAAGGAAUCCUGCACUACGAAAGAUCUAAUACUUUCACGACCAGUGCAAAGCCAGUCACUUUGCAGCCUCUGCUGGUGGAAAGCCUUGUCAAAUCAUCUCCUUCUACAUAUCCACAACCUACUCCAAGAGCAGCCAUUUGUAUCUCUAAAACAGAGAUCCAUUUGAGGAGAGACGGACAGAAGUCAAACUUAGCUGAAACCACUGUGCCUUCUGAAAUUAAAAAGUCAUCUGAGAUCAUCGAAACUCGAGUCAGCGCCGUGUCAAACACUCCAGAAUACACACUGUCCAAGACGUACAAUUCCUUCUCAAAAGAAUGCAUCUCUACAGGGGUGGUAGAAUCAAAUGCCUUGGAGAACGGAAAUGGCUCCUCUCCUUUAGCUCCUCUAAAUGACAAAUCUGUCUUCAACAACGAUGUUCCAUCCGGUCAUCUGAACGGCAGCGAAAGUCGAACGAGUUCCUUCACACCUGAAAAUACCGAAUCUCAGCUGGAAAUCCCCGUCGGCAAGUUCAGGGCAUGCCCUCUUAACCUUUCAGAGAUGAAACCAAUCCCCAAUGGCCGAGAAAAAAUUCGAGAUCGUCAAUCCGUUUUACAUUCGGAAUGUGACGAGAGCGAAGAUGACGACUCCCACUCGACACUGAGUCACAGGACAGAAGAUUCGCGACAUACCACCACGGACGACUGUCUUUCGGACGCAACUACCGACUCCUUCGAGAAGGCACGCCUGAACCCAGAAAUGUCCGCGAGCCUACGUUCUGCGGAAGACUACGCCUCCACAGAAGGGUAUCUGUCAGAUGCUUCCACAGAUGUGUCACUGCGACGGUUCACUCACAGACCCAUGGACGGCAACUCGGAAGAUUACCUUUCAGAUGUCACAGCCGAAUCGCCUGAUCCGGAUUGGAUGUCUGUUAAACCCCCUCCAACGCACACUGAAUCACGAUACAGUAGGGGAUAUUCAUCUAAGAACGAGAUCACAGAAAUGGAAGUGGACUUGCGUCCGAAGCGACUUAGCCAGCAACAGACGGUCCUGCGAGCGUCCAUCGAACCUUCCGGCAGCGUCCAGAAGUUCAAAGCUUUGGCUGAGAAGUGGGAGCAACGCUCUGACGUCAUUUCGCCACCUCCGCCACCUGUUAUCCCUGCUGCGCCUCCAAUGCCUAAAAAAGAUUCCAGAUCCAACUCCAUUUCAACUUCCUUUUUCUCGAGCUCCACCACUUCCACGACACUCAUUAAAGGGAAAAGCAGUACCCUUCCUCCCUCUCUGAUGCCCCGCAACUCCUCCUCCUUCUCUUCCGAGAGGAAGGCGCCCCCUUUCUCCAGGGUCACCUCCUCCAGCUCCCGCUCCUCUCCAGAAAGUUGCUCGCAGGAGACCCACGACUCCAACGGAUGGAGCCAUUCCUAUGAAGAGACCAUUCGAGCUGUUCGACGAGACAGUGAAGGAAGCAGCAGCGGCUCUAGCAAAACAACUCUGAAAGAAGAAGAUGACGAGGCAAUAGAUUCUGUUCCCUCUCACAAGACAGUGGAACCGAUCACCCCAGACACGCAGGCACCUGUAGCUCUCAGCAAUGGUCACAGGAAUUCUAGUGCCAAAUCCUGGAACAACGAGCCCCGAAACAGACGGGGAGCUGAUUUCACGCGAUCUGACUGGUCUUCGCGAACGGCCUCCUACGCAGCGAAGACGAGUGUCAGCGAUAUUCGAAGGAGUUUCGAGAACGGCACCAAGGAAAUCGAACAGCCAAAAAAAUCUCCUGCUCCAGUGAAUCGAGCACCAGCAGUGGUAACGGCCACACCUCCCGUCGCCUCUCCUAGAAGAGUCUCCUCCGCUGUCCGUGAGGAAGAAGUGCAGGAUGAGGAGGUGCAGAUGCUGGUGCAGGAAGCAGAGAAGCAGCUUCAAGCAGAAGGUGCAGGCAGUCAGUUCACAGUGCUUCCUGUUCUCUUGCGCAGGGAAGGGAUGGACGGAGGCAGUGUCGGCAUCACACUCGCUGGAGGAGCUGACUACGAAGUCAAAGAAAUCACGGUGCACAAGGUGAUUGCUGGCAGUAUUGCAGACCGGGACGGACGCGUCCUCAAGGGGGACCGUGUCAUGUCCAUCAACGGCCGAGACGUCCGAGGGGUGAGCCAUGGGGAAGCGCUGCACAUCCUGAAGGCACCCAAUCCCAGGGUCCUGCUGGUCUUGGCUAGAAGCGUCAAUGUCCAACACCCCAAUAAAAACGUCACUGAAAUAAAGAAGCAGCCCGCUCCUGUUCAGAGCCACGGAGAUGGCCAAGUGCUUUUUGUGGAACUGCAAAAAGACCAGACAGGCGUCGGUUUCAGCAUAGAAGGAGGCAAGGAUUCUCCGCAAGGGGACAGACCUCUUCUCAUUAAGAGGAUUUUCAAAGGUGGUUCAGCCGACAAGGAAGGUCAUCUCGAAGAAGGCGACGAAAUCUUGUCCAUCAACCGCCAUUCGGUGACCAACAUGACUCGAACGGAAGCUUGGAAUUUUCUGAAAAAGCUGCCCGAAGGCUCAGUCCAGCUAGAAAUUCGGAAGUCUGGCGCACUCUCUUAACGCCUCUUUCAAAUAGCAAAGCUGAAAGACCUGCCAGGCCAUCCCUCCAAGCUUACCUCGGAGAGGGAGCAUCGCCUUCCAUUUUAACCGCUUUAAGGAACCAUACAUUUUCGUUCCAGAAGCAGCAGGGGUCAGCAAACUCCACAAACUGUAAACUUUUUAUUGAGGCAGUUUUUUGUGCGCAGACUCUUAAAUGAUAUGUGAUCUUUCGAAUGACAAAAAAAUGUGUAGUGAACUCUACUAUGUGUUUUAUGCAUGUCUUACUAAAAAUGAACAUUAGAGCGUGAAAGAUAUUUGAAUGUGUUGGCUCCUGCUUUAUAAAUAUUCUUUUUUAGAAAGUACAUCUAGAACUGUAAAGGUUUUCACUUGAAUCACCACAAAGCAAUCUAGAAUGUAAUUGGAAAAGUUGGCUUUCAGUCAAACAGGAUCCCUUGAUCCUUGGAUCACUUUUGACCAAUGAACCCGGUGCCUUAAACAGAGGAAGAAGUGUUAUUCAAAUAGUGUAAAAUAUGAGCAGGCGAUGAACUUUGUCGUUGGAAGAGCUAACAUUCACGAGACGUGUUCUAUUCGAUCGUUUAGGAAUAAUAAUUAUUUUCAUACCUGAAUUUGUGCCAAUUACUGUUGUCAGAAGUUGUAUAGACACCCUUUGUGAGUGGAAAAUCAAAAAAACAAAAAAUAUGAACUUUUUUUUUCUAUGUAAAGGCUCUAUUUUUUUAACUGUUUUCUUGUGCUUUGAUAAGGUGUAUAUGCUGGUCGAUAGUCUUCGUUAUUUUUUUUUUAAUUCUUAAUCUUUGAGCUUCUUCACUAGCUUCCAUAAUUGGGUUGAAAGAAAAACUGAAUUAUUUUUCGGUGGAGCUUAGUAAAAUUUCUCGUGCAGUGUUUUAAUUUUUUUCUUAUCCAUUUAAACAUUCAUAACGUAUCAAAAAUAAAUAUAAAUUUAAAAUACUCAGAUAUGAUUAACAACGUUAUAAAAGAAUUCUGAUAGCUACUGGCUACUUCAUUACAUGAUACUGAAAUUAAAUAAAAACUUGAUAGCCAAUUUAUUUCAUAUUUUUCGUGAAACAUUAAAAUCAAAAAUGUGUGGUUACAAUCGCCAAAUGCAGUUCAUGAUUUUAAUAAAAAUGAAAUCAGUCUUCCUACAGUUUCAUCAUUAUGAUGGACUGUUGAGUGAAACACUGCUGUGGUCUUUUGAUCACAAAAACUUUUCAAAUUUAAAGCAGCAUUACGAAAUAAAUUAAAUAUAACAUAAAAAAAUAGAUGAUAGAAUGUCUCUAACUGCAACUUCAGAGCUCCGUGUUGUGAAAAAUUUCAAUCCAGCUUUAUUGUCGAUGUUUUUUUGAAGAAACAUGCACUUUUCGCAAUUUUAUUUGACAUCGUUUUCUGUUUUAAUUCACAUAAUUUUCGAAACUUAGCUGCGAAACGAAAGCGCCUUCUUGUAACGAUUCUUUCAUAUUUUUUUGCAUUACUAGAAAUUAAAAGAAAUAAUCCAGCAUUUUUUUAAAGAAAGGUUUUUUUAUAAACGAUAUCCGGUGUUAAUCUAGUUAGAAUGGGCCAUGUGCAAUCUUCGUUUCCUAUUCCAUAAGAAAUUCACUUCUGGAAUGAUCGUACAUAAAAAAGAAUAUGAAACAAAAUUUUCAAACCAGGGACAUGUUAAUAUUGAUAACGUAUCAUUAAUUGCCAAAAUCAUUCUUUAAAUCUGUAUCCAUAUUUUCUAUUAAUUAGAUUUAAAUAGCAUAAUGUUGAUAACUAAUCUUUUCAAACCGCUUUUCGCAGCAGCUAAUUGCCAAUAGGCAUGUGCAAAAUUCAGCCCUAAGGUUAAGAGCGGGUUUUGGAAAGCAGAAUUUAUAUCAGUGACAUGAGCUAAACGGCAUAUAUGAAAUAUAUGAAUGUGGAAUUUCCCUUCAUUUUAAUUUCUUCGAGAGUAAAAUCAAUUUUUUUAAAAAAAAUUUGAUUUUAGUAAAAGCAUGAAAUCAAUUAAUAUUUAAACAUCCACAGAAUAACCAAUAAUGCUUAUAUUGAAUAUCAUGUACUUAGCAAGAAGCUUGAAAAGUACCCUCUUUAAUGCGGCUGAAAUGUGCUUCUAAUUCUUUCAAUAUAAGUCAUUACUUUUAGAUACUUGUAUCACAGGCAACUUGUAUUAAUUACACGUAUCAGGAAUCGACGUAACUUUUGAACCAGGAGUUUUACUGCUUAGUUCUGUCCCAUACGAAAUAAUAUAUUCAUUAUUUUAAAUAAAUUAUUAUAGGGAUUUUUCAAAGUUUAAUUAAAGUCCAAUUCUGAAAUUCUUAUCAAAGCAUUUUCUUUGUUUUCUAUGUCUUUAAAAUUGCGCAAAGUGCUUAUUUUUCGCAAGGCAGGACAGGUUUCUGUGAUAUUCCGUUCAUGAAAGUGCCCUUUUUUUAUUUUUUUUAUUGUGUAUUAUUUUUCUGAUAAAUGAUAUUUGAGAAACAUAUGAAAAGAUAAUAUAUAUUUUCUUGUUUAACAAGCAAUCAGCAAUACUGUUAUUGGGGCCUUUACAUUGUUUUUGUUCUUUUUUUUCCUUUACUGAAUAUUCGUGUGAGGCAAAUACUUCCUUAUAUAAAUAAAUGAAUAUAUAUAUAUAAAAAGAAAUUACUUUGUAUUCAUACUUACACAAAUAAAAUAUUUUUCACUGUA